AAUAUUCGUUUCGUUUCGUUUCGGGUUCGACGCUUAGAGGACCCUCCAACCCCCAAAAAUUUGCAGAGCUCUCGAAGAGACAAGCUUUAACCUCCUAGUGGAACCAAAGAUUACUGCUGCGCUUCCAAUAGCACUGUUUUUUGCAAGCUAUGGCUCUCAAUCUUCGUCAAAGACAAACAGAAUGUUUUACCCGUAUGUUGAAUUUGAACCAACCUGUGAACGCAACGGGUACAGCAAAUGAGGAGGUCUACAAGAUCUUGAUCUUUGAUAAAUUUUGCCAAAACAUCCUAUCUCCUUUGAUCCAUGUUAAAGACCUUCGUAAACAUGGUGUGACCCUCUACUUUCUCAUUGAUAAGGAUCGAAAACCCGUCCAUGAUGUUCCUGCUGUCUACUUUGUCCAACCCAACCAAACCAACAUCCAACGUAUCAUUGCUGAUGCCUCCCGCUCACUCUAUGAUAGCUUCCACCUCAAUUUCUCCUCGUCGAUCCCUCGCCCACUUCUUGAGGAUCUUGCAUCUGGGACAUUGAAUUCUGAUUCGAUUCAUCGGAUUUUGAAGGUGCAUGAUCAGUAUUUGGAGUUUGUGUCACUGGAAGAUAAUUUGUUCUCAUUGGCACAGAAGUCUAGUUAUGUCCAGCUGAAUGAUCCCUCUGCAGGUGACCGUGAAAUUGAGGAGAUCAUUGAAAAAAUUGUUGGUGGGUUGUUCUGUGUUUUGGCUACACUUGCUGUGGUGCCAAUCAUUAGAUGUCCACGUGGAGGACCAGCUGAGAUGGUUGCAUCAGCAUUGGACCAGAGAUUGCGUGACCAUUUGUUGUCCAAGAACAAUUUGUUCACUGAAGGUGGAAAUUUUGUGAGCUCUUUCCAGCGUCCAAUUCUGUGUAUAUUUGAUCGAAAUUUUGAGUUAUCUGUUGGUAUACAGCAUGAUUUUAGGUACCGACCUUUGGUUCAUGAUAUCCUUGGAUUGAAGCUAAAUAGAUUGAGCGUACAAGGUGAAAAAGGUGGGAUGAAAUCAUAUGAAUUAGAUAGCUCAGACCCGUUUUGGGUAACAAAUGGAUCUCUAGAAUUUCCUGAAGUGGCACUAGAGAUUGAGAACCAAUUGAACAAGUAUAAGAGGGAUGUUGAUGAGGUUAAUAAAAGGACUGGUGGGACUGGUGGGACUGAAUUUGAUGGCACUGACUUGAUUGGGAACACUAAACAUUUGAUGAAUGCAGUGAACUCGCUGCCAGAGUUGACUGAGCGGAAGCAAGUGAUUGAUAAGCACACAAAUAUUGCAACUGUGUUGUUGGGUGAGAUCAAGGACAGGUCGCUUGAUUCUUAUGCCAAAAAGGAGGAUGAAAUGAUGGUUAGAGGCGGCAUUGAUCGAAAUGAACUUUUAGGUGUACUUAGAGGAAAAGGGUCUAAGAUUGAUAAGCUGCGUUUUGCUAUCAUUUAUCUCAUUUCUUCAGAAACAAUUAAUCAGGCGGAAGUGGAAGCAGUGGAAGCAGCCCUCAGGGAAUCUGAAGUUGAAACCAGUGCAUUUCAGUAUGUGAAGAAGAUCAAGUCACUGAAUGUCUCAUUGGCUUCUGCUAAUUCUUCUAGUAGAAGCAACAUUGUUGAUUGGGCUGAGAAACUCUAUGGGCAGUCACUUAAUGCUGUAACAGCGGGUGUGAAGAACCUUUUAUCUAACGAUAGGCAGCUGGCAUUGACAAGGACAGUGGAUGCCAUGAUGGAGGGGAAGCCAAAUCCAGAAGUUGAUUCUUUCCUUGUGUUUGAUCCUCGUGCUCCUAAAUCAAGCUCAGGAACUGGUAGCAGCCACUUAAAAGGGCCUUUUAAGGAAGCUAUUGUGUUCAUGAUUGGCGGUGGUAAUUAUGUGGAAUAUGGGAGCCUGCAGGAGCUUUCACAACAGCAGCAGCCUAUCAAGCAUGUAAUAUAUGGAUCUACGGAAAUACUAACUGGAGCAGAGUUUGUGGAUCAGCUUGCAUUGUUGGGCCAGAAAAUGGGAUUGGGCGGUGCCCCUACUGCUUCAAGUUCAACAAAUUAGUACAUGUAAAUGUCCUAUAUGAUUUAUAAACCUGGCAAUACCGUGGUUAACACGUGAAGGAGAAGGGAUAUGUGAAGUUAAGAGACAGCAUGGGGAAAUCUCUAUUGAUUUUAUGGCAGUUGUUGGUAAGAAAUGCAGGGAUGGUUAUGCUAGGUGUUCCAUUUUUUGUUUCUAAGAACCUGCAUGAUAGUUUUCAGAUUUGACUUAAAUAUUGUCUCUGAGGUGAAAACGAAUUCCUGUUAAUUUUUUUUUUUCUUUUAAAAUUGCAUCGAAUUAGUAGUUUCAGAUCCUUUUUAUAUUCAUCAGAAUCUAUGGUUGGAAAUUUACUAAGUACAUCGUUCUUUGAUACCUUUGAAAUCUUUAGCUAUAGUGUUAGUUUCUGCAACAUUUAUAUGAGUGUCAACACAUUUGUUAAUCCAUUCUAUUGUUUAAAAUUGAUAGCUGCUGUUCUCUGAUUA